AGCUUUAUUCAGUUUCAUCAUAGCCAACAGAACAUUACCCGUUUUCGUGCUUCUUCGUAUUUGCAAGCGAUACACAAUUUACUGUAGUUAGGCCAAUUUGGAUUGUCUUUGCCUGUCUCCACCAAAAGCAGAACAAAAUUUUGUUAUUCUGAUCUGAUCUGAUCUGUUAUGCUAUUUAAGUUAGGAGCAUAAUGGAGAUUCCAGAUUGAGUUUUAGCCCCAAUAGAAAUGUCCACAGGCUCAUGGGAUGAUUCAUCAACUCUUGUUAAAGACCUUCCUUCCCCUACUAAUAAUGAUAAAGAUGACGUUUUUGGAAAGAAAACAGAUACUCCAUCUCAUGUAGCCCAGAUUCCUUCAGAUCCUAAACACAAACCAUUUACAGCAUCACCUGUCAAAUCUAAGAAAUCUAAAGCUGCAAAAGGAUUAGGUUUUCUUCUCAAAGCAAGAGAAGGUGCCAAGAAAAGGUCAAAAUCCCCUUUAAAAUCACCAUCUAAAUCACCAUCUAAAGAAAUAUUAACUUCAGAGUUGACAGAUGAAGAUCUUGCUGCAAAUGAAAAACUCAAAGUCAAAUCUGAACAUUGGCAGGCCUUUAUGCACAUGCAAGAUAGAAUAAAAUCUAAUGUACUGAAAACACAAACUGCCUUACUACAAACUGGACGCAUUUCUCCCUCUGGUCGAGUUUCACCUUGUAAACCUGAUAAAGAAGAUCAUACUUCGUCACCUUGGACACAGUUUGACAAAACAGAGUGUGAUUAUCAAAGUGAUUCCCAACAAUAUUAUGACAACUCUUACCAAGAUGAUGUAACAGGAGAUUUCUUGUGUGAUCAAGUUGUUCCUGAUGCCAAUGAUGACUUUACUUCUUUGAUCCCAUCUUUGCAUGUAACAACUUCAAAACAUUCUUCUAAACAAGGUGAUAGUCGUAGAUCCAGCAUGGAGCAGCAGAAUCUAACUGAUGUUUUAGAAUUUGAGAACAUUGAGAAAACCGAGAGCAAAGAUCCUUUUGGGUUAUCUCUUAAUCAAUCUAAUGGCAAUUCUGAAUCUCAACCAUCUGUUGUAAUCAGUGAGGAUCUAUUAGGACUGGAAGACUUCCUAGGAUCAGGCAGUGUACAAUCUACCCCUCCAGUGCAUGACUCUGGCAAUGAUUGGUUUUCUGGCUAUAAUUCUUCUGUUCAAAGCAGUGCUCAAUCAUCAUUAUGCUCUAGUCCUACUGGUUUUGACCAGGAUUUUUUAAAUGACCCCAAAAGUACUGCUGUUUCUGACUUGGCUAGGAGUCUUGUUGAUGAUUUCAUGCAGUGGGGAGCAGAAACAGCUGAAAAAGAUGUUGGACCAUUACCAAUCUCUACAAAUCCUUUUCAUACCCCUGCAUUACCUCCCAAAGGUGUCCGUGUACCGCCAACAACUCCUGAUAUUUUUGAUCCUUUGAAAUCAUGUACAGACAAUUCAAUGGAUGAACUAUGGGGAUCACCUAGUCUUAACCAGAAUACACUUAAUGUUUUCCAAAAUUUUGGCUCUUUAGAACCUACAAAUAUACAAUUGUCAAAUACCUCUCAAUCUGUGGCCACAAAUGUUGAUAGUAAUGUUGAUAUUUUUAGUACAAGUGCUGCAAGCGACUCAUUUGGAGUAACUAACUCAUUUGGUACAACUGACUCGUUUGAUUGUCCUCCAGUUCAGGCAUCAAAUAAUUCAGCCCUAAACGAUGUUUUUAAUCAAUUUAGUGCAUCACCAGCAAAUUCGCCAAUCAAAAUAGCAAGACAACCAUCAGGAAAGACCAAAAAGCAUGACCCAUUUAGUGCACUUUUCAAGGCAGCGAAAGAUCCAGUCGCAAAAGUAGAUGAUGACGAAGAUGAACCAAUGACACUAGCAGCUUUGAAAGCUAAAGCUGAUCAUUUAAAAGGAAAAAGUGAUACCCAGUCUGAUAUUAUUUCACAUAACAUAUCCAGUAUUGAUAUAGAAUCUGUAUCAAAAUGUACUAACUCAGAUUCAGAUCCAUUUGGUAUGUCUGUUAAUCCUGUGAAUUCAGACUUUUCUAAUCCUUUUGAUAGUGCACCAAGUUCAGACCCAUUUUAUUCUGAUCAAAAUAAACAAUCGACACAAGGAGCUACUAAUAAUAAUCCUGACCCUUUUGAUGCCUGGGGCAGUAUUCCUUCGAAGGCUGCUCAAGUUACCUCCACAGAUCCCUUUAUGUCAGUUUCAACAAACAAAAAAUGUUCUCAAAUGGAGUUAGAGGAUGAUGAUUUUUUCAGUAGUCGAGGUCAAUCUGUAGCACCAUUAAAUGAUGCCUGGGGUGCUAUUGAUUCAGGGAUUUCUCCUAUUGUUACAAACCCAUUUGAGGAUGAUCCAUUUACUGCUGAUCACAUUCCAAUGCAGACUGAAAACGAAAUGUCGAAUGACCUUAGUUCCAAACCCAAAAAUCCUUUCCUGACAGCAAGCUUUGAAAAUAUUGCAGCUGAAAACAAAAACACACAACCAAGUUUAUUUCUUGGAGAAUCAACAUUUGGAUUAACUACAGAUUCUCAAAAUUCCCAGAUGUCUAGUUCUCCUUCAAAAAAGUCAGCAACCAAGAAUGAGACAGAAUCUAGUGAUCCUUUUGAUCCUUUCCAUGAUAAAAAAGAAGAUCAUGGUCAGGAAACCCAGGCGAUGGAUUUUCUUGGAACUCCCGAAAAACGAAUGUCAACAUCAGAUUAUGAUAAUCUUGAUGAGGAUGAGAAGGAAACAUUUAAACUGGAGAUAAAAACUUCAGCAAGGCCACUUUUAGAGUCUGGCCCAACUCCUAUGCUACCUCCUCCACCAAAACCCCCAAAGUCUCCCCAACUUCCUUUUAGAGAGAAUCCUUUUGAUAGAGAUUCUCCACCAGAAGAAAAUUUUGCUAAAUUUGAAGUGGUAGAAGAGGAAUUAAAAUCUAAACCACUUCCAGAACCAAGAGAGCGAAUCAUGAGUACAUCUACUGAAAGUAGCACACCUGAUGAUGAAGAGGAUCAUUUACCUUUAGAAGAUUUUCAUCCUCGUUAUGAAAAGGAAGGUUGGAAGUUGAUGCUGAGGCAACCCACCAAGAAGAAACUUGCUGGAAAUAGAUUCUGGAAACCUGUCUUUGUCAAAAUAGUUAAAACUAAAGAAGGGUUAGCACUCCAGUUGUUUACAGAAGAGAACCAAAAUGACCCAUUUCAAGAAUUGCCUUUACAACCAUGUUAUAUGCUAUCAGAUAUGUCAUUGCAACAAUACGAUCAAUUUGGUAAAAUUCACACUGUUAAAAUUCAGUAUGUGUUUUAUAGAGAGCGAGUAGGAAUUCGUCCAGAAAGAAUAACGCCUUCUUUUGUUAGAAAACCUAAACCCACAAUGAUUCUUGAUCAUGCCCCACAGAUGUCAGAGUUACUAAAAUUUGGAAGUUUAGAUGAAAAUGAUUUAAGGUCAUUUGUUUGGGAAGUUGAAGAUGCCUUCAUGAAGCUGGAAUCCUACAGAGAUAAAACUCUGUCUUACACUAAAGAUGAGGUGACCGCUGAAGUGUGGGAAGAAUACGUUGCUCAAAUUGAUAAAUUAGGACAUGUAAAAUAUCAUAAGGGUCGUUGUAGACUGUUUUUCUUGGCAUUUGUUACUGGUAUGCCAUGGUGUGAAUUGGGUUUAAAUGAUAAGAGACGAAAGGGAAGGGAAGUGGUGGGAAGACAUGAUAUCAUACCAGUUAAAACUGAGGAUUGGAUAAAUAUUGAAUCUCCUGAGUUUCAUUGCUCGGUUGAUCUAGAUGAGUAUGAGCGAACACAUACCAUCAAAUUUCAUCCGUUAGAUGCAUGUAAGUUUGAAUUGUGUAGGUUUCGUGUGCGACCAAAGUAUAACCGUGAACUUCCUCUUCAAGUAAGGUGCCAACAAACUCUCAAGGAUCGCCAUUUUGAAAUACGAUGUGAUAUGUUAGUGACUGGAUAUCAUGCUAAUACUAAGAAACAUGGUCAGUUUCCUUGUGAGGACAUCGAGUUACGUUUUAAUAUUCCCGAUACAUGGAUUUAUUUGUUUAAGUAUGAAAAGAGAUUUGGUUAUGGAUCUUUCAAAGCAUCUGCAAGAAAACCAGGAAAGAUAAAAGGAUUAGAAAGGAUAACUAUGAUGGCUCAAGGAUCUUUAACACCCACUUUAAUGGAAGCAUCUUCUGGAACAGCUAAGUAUGAAAAUCUGCAUCAUGCUGUUGUUUGGAGAAUCGCCAGACUCCCGGAACGAAAUCAAGGAGCAUACAAGAGUCAUCUGUUCGUGUUGAGGUUAGAUCUUGGACCACAUGAUGAAGUUCCAGAAACUUUUGAAGAAACUUGUCACGUUCAUUUUACCAUGCCAUCAAGUACCAUUUCUAAAACACAAGUCCGUUCUGUAUCGGUGGACAAUCCUAAUCCUCCGGAAAAAUGGGUUCGCUAUAUCGCUAAAUAUACAUACGAAGUCGAAAUUGAGACAUCUAUUGAGUCGUCUGAGCAGGAUGGCAGUGAUUGAUUGGAACCUUACAUUAAAUACCAGCGACUGGACAACUGAAUAAUCUCGCCUACAUUAUCUGUAAAGGUUAUUUAGGCCUAAAUUUGUGUUUUAUAUUUCACAAAAAAAGAAAAUUGUAUGAGGAAUAGUUUUUCUAAGCUGUGAUGGUACAAUUUUCAAUGUAAAAGUAGAAUAAUUCACCUCUUUACCUAUCUGUAGUAAGCUCGAAAUCCUUGCAUUAUAGAUGGGUCAGUCCGUUUAGUCAAAAGAAUUCAUUAUAAAAAAUCAUGAUAAUAAUAAUGGUGUUACAUGUACAGGUAGGUAUAGUAUUUGACUACAAAUGAAUAUUGUAUUGUAAAAAAAAAACAUAAGUUAGUUACAUGUAGGUUUAGAUUGUAGUUACACAGUGAUGUUGGCUUUUGGUUUUUUUUAGAACGUUGACAUUAACUUAAAUCAAAAUAUAAAUGGUAGUUAUUAUAUCAGUUAGAAGUUUGCAUUGAAUGUUGCAGUAUUUGUGAAAAUAAAAAUUUACCAGUGAUCUAGAAUGAUAAAUGAAUAUUUGUACAAACGGGAAUCAUUCAAUGAUAUUUCUCAGUAAAUUUGUUUUUGUAUGAAUCAAUAGUAUUAGAAUAAGUGUGUGUGAUAUAUCCUUUCACUUACAAAUAUGUAAAUAGCACUAUUAUGUUACAUACUACAAAGUACACCCAUUUAGAAUUUAGAUAGAUAUCCCCAAUACUCCUUGUAGAUAGAUGUAUGACAAGUAGAUCCUAUGCAGACUUAAAUUGAAUUAUAGAAUAGUGACAUGGAAUAUGUCUGUUUCGUUUCCAUGGUAAUAUUGAUUGACUUUUUACUAUAUAUGGCAGUUUGAGUGCCAUUUAAUAUCUAUGUGUGAUUUGUAUGUUUUAUUUGUGGUUGUGAAAAGUGUUUUUUAAACCACUUCAGUUGAUCUAAAAACAGGAAAUUAUAAUAAUCGGAUAUGCCAUGCAUUUAACACACUGCACUAAUCUGACAAUAUUUGCAUAAUUUCCAGAUCAUAAUUUGAAGAAGAUUGUCAUGUAUUUUAGGAUGUUGGUAGUUGACAUAAUAUACAUGUAUGAUGUAAAAUGUAUGCCUUUGUUGAUAUUCAGUUAAAUUCAUAAUGAUGGUAUUAUUAUAAUCUUGGUCAUAGAUCUGUUAAUAAAAUCCACCAUAAAUCUGUUGUCUUUAAAUGCAUUUAUGCAAUAUUCAAAUCAAAGUUUGUUCAUAGUUUAAUUUGAUUUAUUAUUCAAAUUUAUGCAUGAAUGUUACUUUUGUACUAUUGUCUUCACAAAGCAUCCCAUAAAAUUAAUUAAAGCCACUGGUCGUCAUUUGCAUGUUUUUGAAAUUUUACUGCUUAAUGCAUGCUACUAAAAUUGAUUACUAAAUAUUUUAUUAACAAAACAAAAUGAAUUAUCAACAAUAGAUAUUGGAUUCAGUUAGAUGGAAAUCAGGUCCAUGAAAGAUUUCUAAAACUGUAGGAAGAGCUGGCUUGCUUUGAAAAUUCCUCUCUAUAUCAUCUGCCAAAGAUGCCUAACAUUAACAAAUUUUCAAUUCACCAUAUCUUUCUAAAUACUGAACGGAAUUAAACCAUUUUUGAAUCAACAUUUCUUUUAGAGCUCCAACUUUCAGAUUAUUAUAGUUUGCAAUCUCUCAUACAAAAACAAUUUCUAUAAUAACACGCAAAUUCCUGAAUCUCUUGAUAUCCUUGAUCUUCUAAUUUUGUCUUCUCAUUUUAAACUUAGUUUGUUAAUAUUGUAUAACAUUCAUUUAUUGUGUAUUACAUGUCACAGAUGCAUGAUAUUUCUGUUUCAACAAAGUGUAGAAUUUGUUUAAUUUUAAUUUAUGUACUGUAAACAAAAGUUAAAGUCAGUUAUCUGUACAAUAACUUUGAAACUACACAUGUAAUUCUUUUUUUACAAUAGAUUGAUUCCAACUUGUUAAAGAAAUUGAAUUAAAUUCACACUUUUGUAAUCAACCAAAAUCAAAGAGGUUAUGUCAUUUUAAGUACUAGCUACGGUGUUUGAUCUUUUAAUGGAAAUUAUUAUAUUCUCAUAUUUAAGAAUGUAUUUGCAUUAUAUGUGAAAAUAUUUGAAAUAUUAUUACUGUACAUCUUAAAAAUUUAAUUGAUACUAUGAUACUAGCUGUUUUUACAAUGUAAUUCAAUAAUUAAUAUAUGUUAACAAAUUAAUUU